AUGGCCCAGGAACAUAACGUGACCAAGGUCCUCCUGGAAUGGAUCAACAGCUUCUCCUUAGGCAAAACUCUCCGCAGCACGGACGAAUUGACCGACGGCAUCAUCCUGUGGGAGAUUCUACAGGAUGUCGACCCGCAAUAUUUCCUCGACGAGAUUCCCGAACGCGAGCCCGCCGACCACUGGGUCGCCAAAUGGCAAAAUCUCAAACACAUUCACAAGCUCUUACUCAAUUACAUCCGACACCAGAACGAUGAGACCCUUCCUUCCGGACUUGAUCCAUCGCCCGACCUUGAAGCCGUUGCAGAGAAGGCUUCCAUCAAGGAAACGAACAAAAUGCUCAAAUUACUCCUGAUUGCCGCCAUCAGCUCCCCGAACGCGGGCACCUACGUGCAAACCCUUCAGUCUUUGACAACCUCGACGCAGGAGGGAUUGAAGGAGAUCAUUGAGGAGGCGCACAAUGGGCAGCACGAACCCCUCGACGGCGUGGACGAUACCCCCGAGGAGCCUGCCAAGGCAGACCACCCCGUGGAUCUGGAGUUACAAUUUGAGGAGCGCGUCGGCAAGGUGAUUGCGGAGAAUGACCGUCUGACCCAUGAGAAGAAGGAGCUCGGGAAAGCUCUGGAAGACCUGCACAAUCGCCUGGCGCGUUUGCAGGAGAACAACGACACGCUUCAGACCCGAUUGGCGUCUACUGAGGAUCGACUGGUCACUCUCAAGUCCGGCAAGGGCGAUCUGGGCUUCAACGCCAAGGCACUUGAGAGCAAAACGCGUCAGCAGGACGAUCUGAUUGCCUCACAAGAGGCGAAGCUGAGUGCCGCGCAAGACGAGAUUGACAGUCUCCGCAUGACCGUGGAAUCAUUAAAGGUGAAGAAUCAGCGAUACCAGAAACUCCAGGAUGACUACGAUGAGCUACGCACCGAAAAGGAGCAAUUGGCACGCAAGGCCAACGCGGCAGAGAAAUACCGACAGAAGCUUCAAGCCAGCCAAGACUUUGAGAAGGAGAACCAAGUGCUGAAGAACCAGAUCAAAGACAUUCAGCAGCAACUCAAGGAGGCGGAUUCUCAGCAACGCUGGUCUGCCGAGCGUGAAGUCGAGCUUGAGGAGUAUCGAAAACUGUUGCCUCGGAUUGAACAAGAGUGCAAUGAAAUUCAAAAUCUCAAGAAGCAGCUUGAAUUCAACAACCAUGCACUUACUGAGCGUCUUCAGAGUGCCGAUGAGCAGCACGAAAGAGACGAUGCGCUGAUCAGUGAGCUGCGCGAGCGGCUAGGAGAGCUGGAUGGUUUGCCCGGUAGCCAGUCUCCCGGAUCAGAAACGCCUAAGCUGCAGGGCACCCUGAGCAAGGAUUUCGAGGCGAUCGGUGUUGGGGAGUCGCAGCUAAAAGCCGAACACGACGACUCAAAGUCCGGAAAAGGAUCAUUGGCUGUUCCUGAGGGGAUGUUUUCGGAAAACUUCAAUGCUUCGGUCGAACUGGCUCGAGCCAACUCCACACAGAGCGACGAAUAUUGGAAGCUAUACGAAACUUACACGACAUCACUCAAGAAGAUCGCAGAGCUCCAGGACACUCUCGAUAGCACGAAGAAGGAGCUUGCAGACGCACAAACUCAGAUUUCACUAUUCUCGACAGAAAAGUCCGACCUUCUCGGAGAACUUGAAGAGCACAAUUCAGCAGAACUGGCCAAGCUCCGUAGCGAAUGGGAGAAUCUCACCCAGAAUAUCCAUCAUUUGGAGGCAGAGGUUGAUGCAAGUCAAACCCUGGUGCGAGAAGUCUGUUCGGAGCGGGAAGAAUUGCGCAAAAUGCUUGAGGUCAAGCAGAACGAGGUCAGCGCUGAGGAUCAGGAAGUGAUGAAAGAGAUGCAGACGCUGCUGGGCGAGUUUGAAAUCGUGAAUAGCGAAGACGGCGAAACGCAGCAAAAGUCGAGCUUUGACCUUUUGAAGCAAUGCGCGGGUGUUCUGGAGAAAAAUAUCGAGCGACUUGCUCAACGCGCCGAGUAUAUUCAACAACAAAAUGAGCUCAUCAAAUCCCUACGGGAAAGCAUGAAAAACUACGAAGACAAUCUGGACGAUGGAAUUUCCCGAGAACGUGAAAUGGAGCUCCAGAGAAUUAUCGAAGACCAAGCCCGUGAACUUGACCUCGUGAGCUCGGCCUGGUAUCACCUCCAGAGUCGAUGGCAGAACAACAACAUGACCGUCUCUCGCUAUCGACAAGGUGCGAAUAUGACCGAUCCGCGAGGCUGGUUAGCCAAGCAGCGAAAUAUGAUCGCUGGUUGA